GCAAGAUGGCGGCGCGCGCGCUGGUGCAGUACGUUGUGCUGAGGGGGGACCUCCGAUGCGAACCGCUCUCGUGGCCGUUGGGCGCCCUGGUAGCUCAGGCCUGUCACGCCGCCCUGGCAGUGACGCAUGCGUACUACGACCAUCCUGACACCGGCGCCUACUUGGCCCAGGGCGGCAGCAUGAGAACCGUCGUGCUGGAGGCACCAGACAAGAGUGCUUUGACUGCACUAGCUGAGGCCCUGCAGCAAAACAGCAUCGAUCAUAAAGUGUGGACGGAACAGCCUGAAGACAUUCCCACUUGCAUUGCUCUCCGCCCCUACCCUAAGGAGGAAGUGCACUGUCAUCUGAAGAAAUUCAAACUGCUGAAAUGAUCUUCCUUCCCUCUGCUCAUGUACAGGUUUGACU